AACAUUUUUGUCGUCAAUGUCGUAAAAUUAUUUCAAGUAGGCUCAGAUAAUAAUGAUUGAACAAUACAUCAAAAAAAAUGUAACGGACAUAGUAAUGGGUUUAUCUUGUUCCUGUAACAAAGGGUACAGUAAAACGGUGUUAAAAUUACAAAACUCAGCUCAGUUUCGUACAAGAAGACGUGGGUGUACGUGUUAUUUCAGAAGACCAAAGUGGCUUAUGAUAAGACGAAAAAAAAAGAAAAGAAUAUACUUUUCGUCCAAAACCUUUCAAGCUAAACAAAAUGAAGACCCACAAACCGUCAUAGCCUGCGUUCCGAAUGAACAAUGUAAUUGUCUAAAUAUAAAAGGUUGCUGUUCACGUGGAACUGACACAUGUUUUUGCGAAGAGAAUUUAUGUACUGGUGAUAUUAAAAGCACAGAUAGAGUCAGCAAGAAUGUGUGUAGAUUCACUGUCGAUGCUUAUUUCGUAUAAUUUUGUAUGGAUUUUUAUUAAAUGUUAAUUAAAAUUUUUAAA